AUGGCACCAUAAUUAAAUAUUAUUGCUCAACUUUGCUGUAAUUAAUUAAUAUUCCUGGUUAUACUAUGGAUUUUUUUCUAUAAUUAUGCUGUUAUUAUGGAAUUAGAUAAUGCAGAAACUAGAUCAUAUGAGAAUAAAGUGUGUUAGGCAUUAAUAAUAAUUAUUGUUGAUGCUGGAUCUAUGGGAUUCAAAGAAUAAGCAAAUAGCUAUUCUGAAGGUAUGUUAUUAUGUAUUCCUAUUACAAUAAAACACAAAUAAUACCCUACUUGUACAAUUCGUUCAUAACCUAGUAAUUUUACUCAUUGUGUGAUUUGGGCUAUAUAUCUAUUUUCUUAAUUAUUUUCAUGUGAGGUUGGAAUUUUUAGGUUAAAGGAUUUAAUAAAAAUCAGUAUUUAAUAAGUUCUUUAAAGGUGA